UUUUUCUUUUCUUAAAUGAUAAUUAACCGAACAGCAAGCGAAGCAUGGUCGUGAAGAUCGCGAAACUUACAGUGAUCCUUUAUCUCGGCUCACCCAACAUCUGCGAGCUUUAGGAAUCCUUCUCAUAAAUCUCUUCUCCAUGGAUUUUAGCCAGCCUGCAGGGGAAAACUAUGCCAAUCCGAAGACAUGCUUCUUUCAUGUGCUUUUCAAGGCUGCAGCUCUGGCAUUCUACAUACUCUCAGCCCUGUUUGUUAACAGCUUUGUCAUCAUCUUUGUGGUAACUGUUGUUCUUGCUGCCCUUGAUUUUUGGGUGGUGAAGAAUGUCAGUGGCCGGAUCUUGGUUGGGCUUAGGUGGUGGAAUGAGAUAAAUGAGGAGGGUGAGAGUGUAUGGAAGUUUGAAUGUCUUGAUCAACAGUCAUUGGCUCGAAUGAACAAGAAGGAUUCAUGGCUAUUUUGGUGGACAUUAUACCUUACUGCAGCUGCUUGGAUCAUACUUGGAAUAUUUUCAAUCAUAAGGUUCGAGGUUGAUUAUAUCCUUGUAGUAGGAGUUUGUUUGAGCCUCAGCAUUGCGAACAUUAUUGGGUUCACCAAAUGCCGCAAAGAUGCCAAGAAGCAGAUUCAAGAUUUUGCCACCCAGACUAUUGCAUCUCGUUUCUCGUCUACCAUACAGUCUGCAUUUAGUGUAGUGUGAGCUUCCUGAACUGAAAAGAUUAUCCAAAUACAUCAGUCUGUUGGAUUUGGUAAGGUGCUACAAGCGGCAUGAUACUGUUUGUUUUUGCCAUGCUAUUUACUGAAACAACACAUCAUUACUUUCUAUCUUUAUUGUGGCCUGUAUCUGAUAAAUAGUGGAUUAACUACUUUGGAGUUUCUAAAUUUCUUGUAUUCUUGGAAGCUGCAAGCAGAAUGUAAGGAAGGCAUGUAAAGAAGAGUACGAGGAUAAAACUGUAAAGAUAUUAAAAGCUUUUUUGGAAUGCACAUGUUUCUACAGUCAAA